AUGAGGUGUCGAGACAAACACAGUCAAGCAUGAUGUCGGUGAGGCUGGUGCUCGCGGCGGCUCUGUGCCUCGUGGUAAGGGUCCACUCCUCGCAAGAUGUCAUCAAGAACCUCUCCAUCAAUUUCGCGAAACCCUUGGAGGCUUGUAAGAAGGAGAUGGACCUCCCAGACUCCGUGACGACAGACUUUUACAACUUCUGGAAGGAGGGCUACGAGAUGACAAACAGACAGACAGGCUGUGCCAUCCUCUGUCUGUCCUCCAAGCUGGAGCUGCUGGACCAGGAGAUGAAGCUGCACCACGGGAAGGCGCAGGAGUUCGCGCAGAAACAUGGCGCUGACGAGGCUAUGGCGAAGCAGCUGGUGCAGAUGAUCCACAGCUGCACGGAGUCGACCCCGGACGUGGCGGACGACCCCUGCAUGAAGACCCUGAACGUCGCCAAGUGCUUCAAGGCCAAGAUCCACGACCUCAACUGGGCGCCCCCCAUGGAACUCAUCAUUGGAGAGGUCUUGGCUGAAGUUUAGAUAUACCUACCCUGAAACUGAAAUCUUACAUGUUGCUUAUUAUGAUUAUAUC